AUGUCAGAACCCAUCCCCGAAUCGAUCCCCACCUCCUCCGACCGCCGAUCUCACCGCCCAACCAAGAAGCGCGCCCUCACACCCCUCUCCAAGCAAUCCGCCGAAGUCGAAGCCCUCUUCGCCAACCCUGACCGCGAAAUCGUCCUCCCCAGCGGCGAGAAGACCAAAGCCGCCGCAGCACCACCAGAGAUCGUCGCGAACGUCCAGGGAUCCUCGGCGGGUGCUGGAUCCGGCGAGUUCCACGUCUACAAAGCGAGCCGGAGGCGCGAGUACGAGCGGCUGCGGUUGAUGGACGAGGAGGUGGAGAAGGAGGAGAAGGAUCGGGAGUUUAGGGAGAAGAAGGAGGAGCUGAAGAAGGCGGAGGAGGAGAAGUUGAGCAAGAAUCAGGCGAAGAGGGCGAAGGCUAGGGCGAGGAAGGAGAAGGCGGACGCGGCGAAGAAGGGCGGGAAGAUGGAGGUUGAUGGGAAGGAGGUGAAUGGGGCUGGUGGCGGGGUCAAGAAGAAGUUGGGUGCUGCCAAGGUGGCGAUGCCGGCUAAUGGAGGUAAGGAGGAGGAUGUGAAGGGUGCGGGUGGGGAGGUGGAGGCUGAGGGUGCCGCUGAGCAAGAGGGCGGAGGUAUCACGAUUGUGGACGAUGACUGA